CAUCGCGUGACUCUACCAGCGGUAUUCCAUCGUAAUCCAAUGCGCGAAAACUUCCAACAUGGCGGCCAAAGAGAAGCUUUGUCAUCAAUUUCUCAUGCUGUUUUCGCGCCGCAGCAUUCAAUCAGACAAGAUUCAGAGAACGAGAGAAUUUAGUAUAACUUUCCUGAUAUAGAUGUAUCUCCGAAACUGAAAUCUGUUUAAGAAAUGGGAGUAAAAGGCCUUUGGCAGCUUUUACAGAGUGUUGGGCGACCCGUUACUCUGGAAUCUCUCGAGAACAAAAUUCUUGGAGUGGGUAUCCUUUAAUGCAGAUAUAUUUUUUGAUGACUUAAGCUUUAUUUACAUUUUCCCUGUAUGUAUUAACUGAAACGUCUUUUAGGCGAGGGAAAACCCCCAAUCGUUCCAAACACCACGGAGGGAAAAUCCCAUUUAGUAUGUAAGCUUAUAACAAAUUAUCAGAUCGAGUCACAGAUUCUCAGAUUGGCAAAAUAAAGAAACUGGUAGUCGUAAGUCUGUCCAGAUUGAUUAAAUUUAACAAUUCUGGCUUAAUUUUGUUAUUAACCCACAGGUUUUAAGUGUAAUACAAUGGUAUUAAAACCCAGCAAAUUUGAUGUUACAAUGGUGUUGUACUGGCACAGACCUAAUCAGACAACUGAAAAAUAACAAUCGAGUAAUUAUGUCUUUUUUGAAGUAAUGAGUUCUUUUGUGUUAGCCUACCUCACAAGUAACCCCUUCAAGUAACAGACUAAAGCAGAGGCCUGUUUAGUUUGGUCUGUGGCAAAGGUUAUUUUGUGCUGGUACAUAAAAAAAAAAUGGCAUUGUCACUAAGAUUUCAAGUUGCCUGGUAAAUAUAACAAGCAGGCAAGGAAUCAAACAGCUAGGGAGUUCUUUUGGUUCUAUUUUUCUUCUAUUUUUCAAUGAAAGUAGCCAGGGGCCACAUUCAUAGUAGCUGGAGGAAAUCCCUGGCCCCCGGCUCUCAGGAAAACCCUGAAAACCAUUAUUAUUAUUUUUUUAAAUGUAAGGGGAUUAAACAUGGGACUAGCCAAUGUUUCUAAGCUUUACACAAAUAGCCACUCCCUGCCCCUGCCCCCCCUCAAAAAAAGGAAAAGAUGUUAUGAUAAUAAUAAUACAAUCAACACUAAGAAAGAUAGAUAAAAUUAACAAAAUAAAGAAUAAAAAAGGUCUUUUUUUGAGAAUGUUAUAUAAUCAUAACAUGGUAUGCUGUAAGCUUUGAGUGUCAUAAUUCUUAACAUGUGAUAGAUGCCAGUUUGAUACUGAAUCAGUCUGUAAAGGGAUUGCGUGACAAGCAUGGAAAUCCAGUAUACAAUGCACAUCUGGUUGGGUUAUUUCAUAGAGUCUGCAAGCUUUUAUAUUACAGGAUUAAACCAGUCUUCGUGUUCGAUGGUGGAGUGCCACAUCUCAAGAAAAAGACCCUGGUAAAUAUCAAUAAUGCAGUGCUAAUCACCUCUUUGUUGCUUGAUCAAAGUGUCAAAAAAAGUAAUGAAGGGGUUAACUACAGUGGUGUGUCAGUAAAGGAAUGAGACUCAAAUUUUUUGGUGUGAUUUUAUAAAGACAAAGUAACCUAGCGACAACAAAUGAUUCAAAAGCAGUUGUUAGAAGCUCCUUCAUCAGAGCAAAUCAAAAAUGAUUUUGCAUUGGGUGUGGUUUAUGCAGUUGCUAUGCUGUUGAUGGUAACAUUACCAAGAGAAGGAAUAGUUGAAUGAAAUCAAGAGGUUAAUGUUCUAUUCUAAUUUUUAUAAAAUCUUGAGCAGCUAUUUUCAAUGAGUCUUUCUAACUCAUCAGGACUGCAAUAUUUCUUCAUAUCCCUUUCCAAUAUAAUAUAUCCUGAAUUUAAGGCAGAGUUUUUUUUGACAAUGAUAUUUUGCUUCCCAGGCAGCAAGAAAGGAAAGGCAUUUGAAAGCUGUACAUGGGUCUAACAAAGCUGCAGAAAGAAUUGUCAAGAACUACCUGAAAGCCAAAGCUCUGGAAACUGUCACCGGACGUAAAAGGUAUUCUAACCCUCUCUCAACCAGCUUAGACCUCUGCACUGUUGUUUCAUUUUUUCAUGUGGAUAAUUUGCAACUGUUCCACAGUAUCUUCUUUGCCAUGCCACCUACUAUUAAACUUGCCUUGCAUACUUCCUUCAAAAAAUUUAUUGUCUCCUCAUUAUGAGUUCAUAUUCCUUGCAAAAUUUUCUGCACUUGAUAGUUGUCAUAUUGGGAAAGUUAUUUUAUAAUAAUAUAUCAUAAUUUAUCAUUUGCUUUUAUUUUAGCAAAACUACUAUAAGAAGUAGGAGUCCAAGAGAGCCGGAUGUGUUUGAACUACCAGCAAUACCCUCAACAACAACUGCUAGUGCACAGGAUAAAAGGUUUGGAAUUUUUGGGACCUUUGAUAUCUCCUUGCUUUAAUGCGUGGUCAAACAUGAGGCAGCUAACCUACGUGAAAAAAAUAUAUGUUUAAUGACAUUUGGAAAUACUUGCCGACCAGUGAACUAGUUAAGGUGAAUACAUACUAGGCCCUGACUUUUCUGUCUUGCUGUCACUGGGCUAUCUGAGGGUGCUUUCAUCAUUUUCUGCACCUUUUUCCAAAAAUUUGCCAUAUUCCUCCAUGGAUUGCUUGUUGGCUUAAACCACCAUCUGACCGCAGCCUCUAGAAAUCCCCAUUUGUCUUCUUACUUUCCUUUAAAAUUUUUGGUCUUUAAGACCCCCUCCCCCUCAAAAAUGUUGUUGACCCAGGCUCCACUGGCUGGGUGAAGAUGCUUUCUGGAACCACUCAAUUAGUAGAGUUCUUUGCAGAGUUCAGCAAAAUAAGCCAAACAGAGAUUUCAUCACAAUUUAUUGCCGAAAAUCAUACAUGUACUACUAUCCUGACAGCUAUAGUAUUUUUAGAAUUCUUACACUCUACAUGUCUGUAAAUGUAUUACUGUUAGCACAGCUUGUUUUCUCAUGUGGUGGUUUUAUUAAACACAGCUCUUCAGAAGAUGAGGAUUUGGAACUUCCGUUACUGGAUCAAUUCCGUAACCAACAGUUAGAGGUAAGAGUGAUCAAAGAAAAAGCACCAAAGUAUUUACCCAUUAUUCCUAUAUAGUAAAUGCCAUUUCUUCCCUGGGAUGUGUGAUAUUGUUGCAGCCGUGCUGUUAAAAUGUGUUGGGCAUGAUUUUUACGAAAAAAAUCUAAUAUUUUCGUAGUCAUCGAAGAGCAAAAAUGUAGUGUGAGGGAACAACCGGUACUAGUAGAGUACAGCCCUUCUAUUCUACAAUAAUGUUAAACUUUCCUUCAAAUUCAAGAUCAUUUUGUGAAAGUAUUUGUUACUCAGAAUAUCACAGCCAAACUCCCUUUAAGUUGUGAUUGGGCUACAGUUUGAGAUAUGAACACUGUUUUUUUUUUUUUUUAACAGGAAACUUAUCAGGAUCCAACCUCUCUAAAUGUUGAGUCGGAGGACUUUCAGUCUCUGCCUGCAGAAAUUCAACACGAGUUAAUUCAAGAGAUGAAAGAAGAGAGGAAAUUUAUGAAGAAAACUGACAUGCCAGGGGUAUAAAGAUUAUAUUAUUAUGAUUUAAAAUCUUUGUUAUGUUCCCGGAAUUUCAUCCUUAACGACACAUACUUUUAUUAGCCAGUUCAUUGUCACAUAGCAUUUAGAAGUUGCAACUGAUACUGUUUCUAUCGAAAGUCUUUGAGUACUGCUAGUAGGAAACAUUGCAAAAUCUAUGUCAUCAGUUAUCAGGGCUGUCACUAUAUUGUAACUUUAAGUUCCCACUGAAUACAACAAGUCAGCAAGGUGUCAAACAGCUAGGAAUUUCUUUCAUGGUUCUGUUUUUCUUUGCCGUUCCUAUGAAAGUAGUUGGAGGCCAAAUUCAUAGUAACUGGGAAAAUUCCAAACCACCAGCCCUUGAUGCUAGCCCUAAGUUAGCCAUGAAUAUUGACCCAUAGUUUAGUUUCCUAUUGGAUCCUUGGGUGCAGUCUUUAAGUGUUAAAUUUUCUCUGUUUCAUGGUACCUUUUUUUACAGGUGUGUUUUUGGUAAGAAAUAGCUGUUUUUCAUGUCAAAUGUUAUGGACACUGCUGUACCUAUUCAUCCUAUACAAUAAAUUCAUUGUUAUUGUAUCAUAUCGAUGUGUUUUAUGAGUGCGAGUUUAGAGCAUAAAUAAGUUAUCUUUGGUACACAGUUUAGAAAAUAACCUUUUUUUACAGGUGUGGUUUUGGUAAGAAAUAAAUCAACAACAAAUCAUAUUGCUCUUAUUAUAGAGUGUUUUCACAUGACGUCAUAGUGGCCAUAUUGGGGUCACAAAACUAUGAAAUGUCGGCUAUGUUGUUUUCCUGUGAGAGUUGAACUCCUUCUUUUCUUAUGCAAAUGCUUUCUUUUGGUCUAAUAAAAUUUGCAUAGAUGCUGGGCACGUGGGUGAAAACACUCUAUUAAGCAAAAACUACAACCUUUAUUUCAAAAAGGAUGACAAUUUGACAACAUACUGCAACUGGCAGGAGUUAUGUUAAAUUAUUCAGGCCUGUGCUCUUAUAAAAAUUGACGGGAGCUAAGUGCUCUGCAGGGUUCUCAACUAUGAUUUUUAUGAGAAAACCAAUACUUUGUAGUUGCCCAGUAAAAAAAGUUAAGCAGCAGAGGCAACCAGGUACUGCCAGAACACAGCCUUGUUUUUUCAAAUACAGUAUUUUAAAAAUGCACAUUUCUUUUUUUCAGCAAGCAGGCAACUUUUCCUCCUUUCAAUUGGAGGGUGUGCUAAAACGAGGUAAACUAAAUCAGCGACUGGAUGAACUUCGUAAAGAAAUGAAUAACAGAAACUCAGGAGAACUGGCUGGAGUCGCUCCUCAGGAUUCAGUUGACAAAAACGCUGCAGUUAAAUCCCAAAAGAUUUUGUCUGAAGACUCGGCUCAUUACAUUUUGAUCAAGAAUAAUGAACAGGAACCAGAAAAAGACAACCAGGAAGCUGGUAAGGGAAGAUCUUGUAUGCAGUUGAUUUUAAGGAUUUCAUAUUUUUUAACCUUUGAGGUUGAUUACUUUUCCAGCUUUUUCUCAGACACAUUCUGUAUUUUGUUUCUUCUCUCCUUAACUAUGGUCGUUGGACUAUGUAACAGUCAAAAUCGUAGAAGCUGAGGCUUGCAUAGAUUGUCAACUUCUUCCCACUAUUAAUUUCCAGCUGUACAGUGUAUUAUUAUGAAGUUUACAUUCUAUGUAUAACUGAACAAGCAUGUGAUCAUUGUAUUGAGAUGAACGCAUCUUAGAAUGACCUCUGUGUACCAAAAUCUAUCUCCUUUUUGAAGCACAUUUUAAUAUUUUUCUUCACUUCUAGCAGAGUCUACUUUCGAUUUAUUAUUGUUGACAGAAAUAAACUAGACUCAUGCUCUGAGAUGCAACACUGUUUGAUAUAAAUGCUAUUCACUACCUACUGUCUCUUACCAAUGAUGAAAGGAAAAUUGACCCUGCAAGUUCAGAAACUUUAUAAUUAUGGGAAAUUAUGAGACACACAGAAUAUAAGGAACUAUUGAAAUUUUUCUCAGGAUCCACAUCAAAAGAUUUCUCUGGCGAGGGAGGAUUUUUCCGUGAAAAUCAGGAAGUUGAAGUAGUUAGCUGGGCAAAUCCACGACCCAAACAGUCCGUGCCACCAAAUGUUCCCAGUUUUGAUAUUCCAGAGUUCUUCUCAAGUGACUCGGAAAUUCUGUCCCCUCUCGUGGAUGUCGCAGAAGCUGGUGUUUCGCCCACGAGUCUUCGAGCGAAGGAAAGUACUUUUAGUUUUUCUUCAGUUGAAGAUCAAAAGCAGCUUGGGAGAACGUCGAUAAAUGCGGCUGAUAAAGUGAGUGAUACAGUUGUGAAUCAAGAACAGACUGUCCCAGACAGAAAGAUAGAAAGAGGUAUGCCUGGUCAAGUUACAGAAGGGAUCUCGACAUCAGGUGAUAACGACGAAACCCUUCUUACGCAGAUUAUAGACAAGAAAAAAGAACUUGAUGAUCUUAUACAAAAGUGGGAAAACUCUAAAAAACAGAAAGCCAUUAUGGAUUUAACUGGCGGUGCACAGGACGGGCAUAAAAUUGCAGAGAAAAGAGACCUUCCAUGUUCCAGCUCAGCUAAGAUGGACCCUGGCAGGUCCUUAGAAACAGACCAAGUUUGUAGUAAUAAUUAUUCGGAAGAAACAAAAAACAGUAGGUCAUCUUCAGUUAUUGGAGAUCAGCCACUCGUGCAAGACAAACCUGUUACGUUGAAAACAGUUUGUAUUGAUGAAAGUGAUUCUGAGGUUGAGGAAGUUACGAAGUUAAUCAAAGAUAAAGAUGAAAAAGUUCAGAGUAAAAGAAGUGGGAAUAUUACACUGGUGAAUUUAAUAGACGUUAAUGAUGAAUUGCAAGUUGAAGAAAACGUGGAGGAGGGCGAUGGAGGUGAGAAAUAAUUAUCUUGUCUUUGUUUACAAUGAUGCUAUAACAAUGUGACUCUGUUCGCUUCAGUUGUUUGUGUUGUCGGCGUAAAUUUAAGACAAAAACUUAACCACGGGUAUCUGGGAUCUUAGAGAUUCAGAAGUGAUAACCACCUUAGCCUGAACAGCAUAAUAAACAGUACCACAGGAAAGCACUGCUUUCAUUUCAAUAGUCACAGUUCCCGGCGGAAACUCGAACGUUAGAUCCCUUAUUCACAGCAUAGCAAACGAUACUUUAGAGUUUUAUCCAGAGACUUAAGCAGGUAGGUCAUAGCUAGAUUACGGAGUGAAGAGUGAUGUAAACUGAAAUACAGUGCUGACUUUUUCUUCCAGCUAAUUCUAAAGCGACCGUUGUUAACGAGGAAGAUGUGAAGGAACCCGAUGAAGGGGAAAUGGAAAUCGAGGCUAAAUCGAGUAGCAUUGUAAUGGUAACUGCGUCCCCAGAAAGAAGCACAGCUGAUAUAGACGAAGACCAUUCUUCGCCGGACGCCACUGAAAGGCCAGUUUUGGAGAGUGACGAAUUCUUGGACGAAAGUAAAGGUGGUAUGCCUGUGGAUGAACAAGAGGCGGGACCUUCUGGGCUCCCUGUGGAAUGGCAAGGGGCUUCAAUGGUAAGUUAAUUCUCUACUUUAGAAACGAGAAACUUAUAGCGAGUUAACUUUCGCAAAAACUUCUGAAACUGUUGCUAUGGAGAGGGGAAAUUGGCCAAUGGUUAACCUGCGCGUCCCCAGUAACGAUCCCACAAUCAAUUGCGCGAUAUAUCUCGGCUCCAGUUCCCCUCUCGUUUCAAGCUUUUUUCAGUCUUUUUAGUGUCAAUCACCUAUGAUUCAUUCUCUUCAGGAAGGCUUGGAAGAGAUUCAGCAGAACAUUGAAGCUGAGCAACAGACGUUGGCGACGGAACAAGCUCGACAGAACCGAGUGGCAGCAUCAGUGUCGAAUGAGAUGUUCACGGAGUGUCAGGUAAUUAAAAAGCAAGAAGAAAGGCAAGAAAAUCUUUCUUUAAUGAUGUGUAAGACACGCCAAAAAAACACAAUUCCUUGAUUCGUUCUGACGCAGGUUGAGAGCUCGAAUGUCAGACUUGAAGAAUCUUCCGUUUAUAAAAAAAAACUGUCAAGGAUUUCUAUUGGCCGACGUAAAACCAAGUGUCUACCUCUCCCACAUCUCUCUAAUGGACUCGAGUAAUACAGCCAAUUUCUCACUGCUGCUUUAAGAUUUAACUUAGAAGUUUUGUUCGGUUCAUUUGUCGGUAUUUUUUUUGCGAGACUGAGACACCGUUCACGACAUUUUUGUCAAGUGCUCCGGUAACGCUUGCACCAGUUUGUAUCUAGUAAUAUGACAAAGUUACAACUCUAGGUUGCGCAUGGGGCUUUACAUUUAAUCUAUUCUCAGUACUGUUUCUUUUGAGUCCGCCAUUCAAUUGAUAUUUUCUCGUUUUCCCCUCCCUCCAAAUCAGGAGCUACUUCAGUUGUUUGGUGUCCCGUAUCUUGUAAGCCCGAUGGAGGCCGAAGCGCAGUGUGCCAUGUUAGAUGCCUUGGGUUUGACUGAAGGUUCCAUCACAGACGACAGUGAUAUCUUCUUGUUUGGAGGGACGCGGGUUUAUAAGAAUAUCUUCAAUCAGAAGGAAUACGCUAAGCUGUACGAAAGCGAUACGGUGCAGAAAAAUCUUGGUUAGUGUCCAACGCCAGUACACUCUUUGUAUUUGUUUAAAAUCAACUCCUUACAAACGAUUUAAAAUCUUAUAUGUUCUACCGUCUUUUUCUUGCAGCAAUGAACCGUUUAAAACUGAUCUGCCUUGCUUUCAUAACCGGAAGUGACUACACUGAAGGAAUACAAGGUAUGCUGCAACGUACACAAUAUUUUUAGGACGUAUUCUUGUCUUUGCCUAAGUAGACCCUCCAACGACUAGCACUCUUCCUUUUCUCUUACGGUCCGUCAAAAAGUUUAUUGAUCCGCUCGAGCGCUUCGCAAAAGCUAGUUACAUAAGAGAGAGGCCCCAGGAAAGACGGCACAGUUACUCUUAAAUAACACCAUUCGUCCUUGUUUUGUUUGCAGGUGUGGGGCCAGUUGGAGCAAUGGAGAUUUUGCAUGAGUUUUCUGGUGAAGGCCUUGAAACACUGAGAAAAUUCAAGUAGGUUACGACCUUCCGAGAGUCAUCCUUUCUUGUUCAAUCGAGCAAAAGCUUUGUCCAUUAUGACUACAUUUUUCUUUGACCUGUCGUGUUUUGUAGCGCUUACUUUUAAAUAAAUAUUUUCCUUCAUCUUGUUUGCAGAAUGUGGCAUGACGAAGCGCAAAAUCAAACAAAGGCUCCUCAAGAAACCAAAGUCAAAAGAAAAAUGGUGGGAGAAGAAGAAUACUCUUAAUUGCGAAAAAGUAAACAGUGAAAUGGUUAAAUGAGAGUCGCAUGUAAGCGCGUUAAAGCGCGGGAAAAGCACGUACCAUUCACGUGCCAACGAAUCGCGAUUGUUUUGGUUUACUUCUGAUUGGUUGAGGGUGUGGCCCGAGACUUUUUCAGCCUAUCGCAAGGCGAGCCAAGACAACUCAGACCCGCUAUAAUAUGUCUGUUUUUGUUUUGCAGAGGUCAGUUUCACUACCAAGCGGCUUUCCUUCCGAAGAAGUCUUUGAUGCUUAUCUCCAUCCUGUAGUUGACGAAUCAACAGAGACAUUUGAAUGGGGAAAACCUGAUCUGCACUCUCUUAGAUUAUAUCCUUUGCACAAUAUAAGUAAAAAGGAGUUAAUUAAAAUAUGUUUUAAUUAAUUUGUUUUAUUGUAAACCAAUUGUCUUAUAAUUUGUAGUUAAUUAGCUUUGAUGAGACCUUGACUUGCACACGUUUGCUCUGGACAAGCUUGGCUGGUCUUCUACUAGGACGGAUGAGCUUCUUUUACCUGUGUUAAAACAACUAAACAAGGAUCAGGUAAAUUUGUCUUAUGGACUCUUUUUAUCGACAUCAGUAUUUUUUUUUUUGGAAGAUGGAAGAGCUGAGAUGACUUACCGUAGUUGAUGUUGUGCUCUUUGCAUACAACUUCUGUCAAAACCGGCGCUAUUUUUUAAAACAAACAAAGAUUUCCGCGUAUAUCGUGGUCAAUUCUUUUAGAGAAAUCAUAUUUUGCUAUCGCCUCUUAAUAUAUAUCCUCAAAAGAGAAUUAACUGUUAUACAAUAAUGAGAGUAUUUGCCCUUACAGACUUUGUCCCGAGGGUUUGCCCCAAGGGAAGGUUACCGCAAGACGUCUAUGACCGGGGUUUUCCCGAGGGUAAGGGUACCGAAAGAAGUAUUAAUCCCGGGGGUUCUCCCGGAGGAAUAGGAACAGCAAGGAUUGAACCUUGUAUUCUAAAAUAAUUCGUGAUCAACAAACACGUUGUACCGAAGACUUGGAAUAAUGUUAUAACAUGAUCACGCAUAGAGACAAAGGAGGCUUGCCGACAGUCGGUACGAAGCUUUGUAACGAAUGUGCGAUUGCCUCCUACAUUUGUAACAACACACCUAAACCCUCAAAGCGCAAAAGGCAGCUAGUGUUCAUAGUCAAAAUUUCGUCUGUAGUACGGACCUACAAAGCCGGAAUAACGUACAUAGGAUUACACUCAAAGGAUUACAUGCAUUUCGCUAGUUCCCUCCAUAUCCCUAGUGAAAAUAACCGGAAAUGUUCAUGGCAAAAGGCUGUUUUUUCUUUCUUUCUUCAGACUCAACUGACGAUCACUCAGUUUUUCCGCGUGAAUUUCCAAGAAACAAGACACAUAAAGAGCAAGCGAAUUCGUCGAGUGCUGAAUCGUACUUUCAAUCCUUCGUAUGAAAGCGAGAACGAAACUAAUAGUAAACAAAAGAAAUCUGCAGAUAAAAAGCCAAAGAACAAAACGACGCAAUCAAAGGGGAGCGGUAAAAAGAGAUCGCAUUCAGCGGAAACCAAUUCCAAGGAAGAAGAAUCAAAUGGAAGUAAAGGAACAAGAAGAAAGCGUGCGAAGAAAGAGAAUACUGGGGCGUGCUCUUCUACGGGAAACCGCUCUGAUAGAGGCUACAGAGGCCGAGGACGCGGGAAAGGGAGACUGCGCAAGAACGUUCAAACUAGUCCCAAAAUGGAGUUGUCGAUUGAGUUAACUCCUAUAAAACUUUCCAACCAUGAAAAAGGUUUUAAAACUCGCAAAGGAUGUGAUGUUUCUCAGAUUUCGACAUCGGCUGUAAACAGAGGAGACGAAAUUCCCAGCACGCAGGAGAAUGGCAUAAUGAAGGAAAAUGAAGAUUCUGGGAGUUCUACUUUUAAGAUCGCUAAAGGGAGCAAAAGCGUUGGUGAACAAGACGCUUCUACUUCUGAUAGCACAGAAAGUGAAGAAGAAAACGCUUACCAAGGUCCCCACCCUGUGUCUGUAUUUCACCAGGGCAGGGGUAGGGAAAAGGGACCUGCUCCCAGAAGGGGACAGACACGCAAGAACUAUGCUGAAAAGGACAGUUCCCCUUCUGAUAGCACUGAUAGCGAAGACGAUGAUCAAAAUUGUUACGAAGGACGUAAAGACAUGUCCUUAAUACGUCGGGGGAGAGGUAGAGGAAAGGCACCUGCCCCCAGAAGGGGACAGAAACGCAAGAACUAUGCUGAAAAGGACAGUUCUGCUUCUGAGAGCACUGAUACCGACGGCGAUGAUCAAAAUUGUUACGAAGGACCUAAAGACGUGUCCUUAACUCUUCGGGGGAGGAGAAGGGGAAAGGGGAAGGGGAGAGGACUGGGGCGAGUAAGAGGAAGAUGA